AUUAAUACAGUAUUAUAUGAUUGUUGUUGUCAUAGAUUUAAGUGUUUUUAUUAGUCAUAGCUUUGAUGUCGACUCAGUUGUUGUUAUUGUCUGACAACUGAUCACUCAUUUAUCAAUUGAAGACUUAUUUGUUUUUGACAUUUGUUUGUCACCACAACUCAUCUAAUGAUUGUCUGAUUCAAUCCACUGGUCUUCAGUGGACACGGAAUCUCCGCGGAUUUGAAGAGAAUUGGGUUUUCCUUUCAUUUUUGUGACUAUUUUUAUACCACCGAAGACAUUGAUUGCGGAUAUAAAUGAAUAAAUUGCCGAAAUUGACGCUSAAAUCGGGCACUACUUGUCAACAGGAGAGACAACACCAAAACCAGACACAACAUCCACUAUUGUCUCCGCAUAACAACCCGAAUGUGAAUCAUCCGCUCAGUCCUAACGGCAGCUACGGUCCGGUCAAAGGGAUAGCACAGCCCUAUUCGCCACCGCCAUCGCCCACCCAUACAUCCAACACUACUAAUGUGUCGGUACAGACACCACUGUUAUCGGGACCCGAAGAGACUGCUGAUCCCAAUUGGCAGGCAUUUAAAAACAGUGUUCGCGAGAGAAAUGCCGCGAUGUUUAAUAACGAACUCAUGAGUGACAUUCUGUUUAUUGUCGGCCAAAAAGGUUCAAACAGUGGUCAACAGCGAAUCCCGGCCCACAAGUAUGUGUUGGCCACCGGGAGUUCGGUAUUUUAUGCAAUGUUUUUCGGCGGACUCGCUGAAGAAAAGGCAGAGAUAGAGAUCCCGGACGUCGAGCCGUCGGCUUUUCUCACAUUAUUGAGAUAUCUAUAUUGUGACGACAUAUGUCUUGAAGCGGACAAUGUGUUGGCCAGUCUAUACGCGGCCAAGAAAUAUCUGGUACCCCAUUUGGCCCGAUCUUGUGUCUCAUAUCUGGAAACAAGUCUUACUGCCAGAAAUGCAUGCAUUUUAUUGAGUCAAAGCCUUUUGUUUGAAGAGCCGGAUCUAAUGCAGAGAUGUUGGGAAGUGAUUGAUGCUCAGGCAGAGCUAGCACUGGCAUCAGAUGGUUUCGUUGAAAUUGAUUUCCAGACACUCGAGUCUAUUCUCUCUCGGGAAACAUUAAAUGCCAAAGAGUUAUCUAUAUUUUAUGCGUCUCUUUUGUGGGCUAAUGCUGAGUGUCAACGAAGAGAAUUGGAGAUUACAGCCGACAAUCAGCGCAAAGUAUUAGGAAAAGCUUUGUUUUUGGUUCGCAUACCAGCCAUGAGUUUAGAGGACUUUGCUAACGGACCGGCACAGAGUGGACUUCUCACACUUCAGGAAACAACUGAUAUAUUUCUUAACUAUACGGCUGCUGUAAAACCAGUUCUUGAAUUUCCAACAAAACCACGACUCGGAUUACGAGUUCAAAUAUGCCACCGCUUCCAGUCAUCUGCAUAUCGAAGCAAUCAAUGGCGUUAUAGAGGCAGAUGUGAUUCAAUACAGUUCAGUGUCGAUAAACGUAUUUUUGUUGUGGGAUUUGGACUCUACGGCUCAUCUAAUGGUGCGGCAGACUAUAAAGUCAAGAUUGAAUUGAAACGAAUGGGAAAAGUUUUGGCAGAAAAUCAGACAAAAUUUUUCUCCGAUGGUUCAAGUAAUACAUUUAACGUGUACUUCGAGCACCCGAUUCAGAUCGAAGCCGACACUUUCUACACAGCAUCAGCCAUAUUGGAUGGCCAGGAGCUGAGCUAUUUUGGACAGGAUGGGCUCACCGAUGUUACUAUCAAUGGCAACAUAACGUUCCAAUUCCAGUGCAGUUCCGAUAGUACUAAUGGUACCGGUGUUCAGGGCGGACAGAUACCUGAGAUUAUCUUUUACGGUCCAAUGUCUCAUUCGUGAAACAUUUUCCUUAAAUCAUUGACUAACUAAUCCAUUGAAUUUCAAAUGCAAAUAAGUUUCUAUUCUUUAGUCAUUUAUGUAAAUAAUAAUAUACUUUAUAACUACCGGUAAAUAUUAACUUUCUAAUUGUAUGAUACAAUUCAAAUAUGCAUCAACUUUUGACAGAUUUUUUUUUUAAUUAGUUUAGUCUAGUUUUUAAUCA